AUGGCCAGGACCGCGAUGGGUCGCCGGCGGCGUCCGGACCGGAUCAGCGCCCUCUCCGACGAUCUCCUCCUUUUGGUCCUGCGCCGCCUCGACAUCCGGACGGCGGUCGGCACCACGGCGCUCUCCAGGCGCUGGGCUUGCCUCCGCGGCGAGCUCCCCAUCCUCGACUUGAGUGUCGACGCGAUGCUCCCGCCGCGCUACCACCGCUGGGUCCAGCUCCACGGCGUCGUCGGGAAAGGUGGUGGUUUCCAGUACGACCUGCGUCAAGUGUCAAGAGAGCUGAUGCCCAACAUCAGGAGGUACGAGCAUCGCGCCAUGCGCGCUUUGACCAGGUCCGUCCAGAGCUUCUUGGACGCUGGAACCGCCGGCCGCCGGAGGAGGAUCAGUAGGCUGAGGCUCGAGUUCUUCGUCACCCCACAAAGCACCGAAUGCAUGAAUCGGCUUAUAGUCGAGGCCAUGGAUGCUUGUGGGGUGGAUGACCUCCAAGUUGUUGCUAAGCCAAUUUUCUGGCGACGAGGCGCAGUCCACACCUUCGCCAGCCAUGGCCUCUGCAAGGAGCCCAGUGCGUCACGCCUGCAAAGCCUCAAGCUUGGUGGCUGCAUGAUCCCGCCGCUGCACGAGUACGGUGCGCUCACUAGGCUCGUCCUGCAGGACAUACCUAAAUCGACGCCCGUGGCAACCUACCAGGGGGUCUUCAUCUCUUGCCAGCAGCUGCAGGUGCUGCAUCUCAUCUCCUGCCGGUGCAGCGGCGGGGUGAUAUUCGUGGACGCCCCCAUGUCAAAAAUCAAGGAGCUCGUUGUGGAUGACUGCAGAUUCACACAGUUACGUCUAAGGGCUCUGCCCAAUCUCGAGAGCCUAGCCUCCCUCUCCCUGGGACCUACGGUGUUCCUCGAGUCCGCCUCCUUCCCUUGUCUCAGAAAAUUUAACCUCACCUCAUGCCUCGGCGUGACAAUGCAAGGAUUUCGCGAAUACCUGAAGCGACACUGGAAGAUAGACCAUGAGUCGCUUCUCGAAAACAUGCCAGAAAUAUCGAGUCUGAUUGUCAGGAUCAGUGGACCUUACAGAUGGAUCGUGCCGUCCCCGUCGACGACGAUGUUGUUGCCUAACCUGAGGCGGUUGCUGGUCGCCGACGUGCCUUCGUCCUGGGACGUCUCAUGGCCCCGCCUCCUGCUUGAGACGGCGCCUUCCCUGGAGGUCCUCCACCUUCACAUUGCCGCCACUUGCACAGAAGAUGAGCCCAGUGACAACAUACGCUGGAAACCAACCACGCUUCUCCGUCACCAGCACCUGGAAGAGUUUGUGAUGGUUGGUUACGAGGGAACAGAGAGGCAGAUUUACCUUGUCAAGUUUGUAGUGGGAGUAUGCACAUUGUUGCGCCAGGUCUCCAUCUUCAAGAACGGGCAUGCUCGCAACAAGGGGCACUGGGACUGGGAGUUGGUGACGCAGCAACAUUCCUGGACUGACCAGGAGAAGGACAACACACUGAAGCACAUCAUGGAUGGGGUUUCUCCUUUGUCACCUGCUGCUCCGGUUAAACUAGUUUUUGGCUGA